UAAGUAUAUCCCAUUUCAUUCCAUAAAAAAAAUAAAUACCCACAUCAACUAUUAUUGAUUCAAACUAGAAUUUGUUACAAGCCUAUACAUACACAUAUACAUAUAAAAAUUACAAACAUAGUAUAUUCUCAUCAUGGCUUCUUCUGGUGGCAGCUUGAAUACUUCCACUACAACUUCACAAUAUCCAUCAUUUUCUUUUUCAUCAUCUUUUAGUGAUCUUAUUUCAUCUAAUAAUGGUACUAACAAUAAUGAAGAUACAAACUGGGGUUUCUUUAAUGGAAACAUGAAUAAUGGAAUUGUUGAUAGUCCAAAACCACCUGCAACACCUUUUUCACCAUCUUCUUUUCUUUCUACACCAACUGGUUUGAACCAAAAUCAGUUCUUGGACUCACCUUUCUUUCCUUUUGGUUCAAGUAUUGUUCCAUCUCCAACUACUGGAAGUUUUCCAAGUUUGGAUUUUAAGGAUGAAGAUAGAAAGUAUUCAAAUUUCUCAUUUCAACAACAACAACAACAACAACCAAUUAGGCCUAUUUCUUCUGUUUCUACUAAUAAGAUGGAAGAACAAGUGAAAACACAACCACAAGAUUGGAAUUUGACCAAACAAACUGAUUUUGUGACAGAAAUAAACAAACCCAAAUCAGAAUCAACACAAGCAACUACCCACUAUGUUUCUGAUCAAUCUCAAGCCACUAGAGACCAAACAAAGUUAGAAGAUGGUUACAAUUGGAGAAAGUAUGGGCAAAAACAAGUAAAAGGUAGCGAAAAUCCUCGAAGUUAUUACAAAUGUACAUAUCCUAAUUGUCCUACAAAAAGGAAAGUUGAGAGAAACUUAGAAGGACAUGUCACCGAAAUCGUUUACAAAGGAAGUCAUAGUCACUCAAAGCCUCAAAAUGCCAAGAAAUCGUCUUCAAACAAUUUUUUUGAAGCCCCAACUGACAGCAAUCAUGUUGAUUCCUCUGUGUCGUUUGGGGAGGACGAGUUUGACCAAGUCUCAUCCAUGAGUAAAUCGGGAGAUGAUCAUGACAAUGAGCCUGAAGCUAAGAGAUGGAAGGGUGAGACUGAGAGUGAAGCCAUAUCGGGGCCUGGUAGUCGAGCGGUCAGAGAACCAAGAAUCGUGGUUCAGACGACGAGUGAUAUUGACAUUCUUGAUGAUGGUUAUAGAUGGAGGAAAUAUGGACAAAAAGUAGUUAAAGGGAAUCCAAAUCCAAGGAGUUACUACAAGUGCACAUUCGUCGGGUGUCCUGUAAGGAAACACGUAGAACGAGCUUCACAUGACUUACGAGCCGUGAUCACAACUUAUGAAGGGAAACACAACCAUGAUGUGCCUGCACCCCGCGGUAGUGGGAGUUACACCAUUAAUAGACCACCAACAACCAACAAUGGUAAUCCCAACAACAAUUAUGCCCACAUGGCUACUAGGCCAUCAGCAAACUACUCAAGUAACAUUCCAAACACAACAGGGAUGGUCAACAAUAAUGGGGGUCAACCCCCAUACACUCUGCAAAUGUUGCAGAGCUCUGGAAAUUACGGGCUCCAGGAGAACUCGUACAUGAAUCAAAGUCGGGCGAAAGACAUGUCAUUAUCGAGUGCCAAGGCAGAACCCGAAGAUGAUUUGUUUUACAACUCCUUUUUAGGAUAAAUCAAGAGAAGAUUAACAAAGGUGAUCAAAGAUCAAUUAGUUUUUGGCACUAAUUUGGUAGGAAAUUUUUAGGUGUUUGCCAAGUGAGGGUAAUUUGUAUUUGUUGUAUCAUAUACAUAAUAAAACAUAACUUUCCUUGAAAA